GAUACCUGUGGCCAUCAGCCAGUACGAAGUGAACGACCGCGACGCAAACGCGAAACCAAGCGUGUUAAGAACAUUACCAUUUGCUAUUUCAAGUACUAUUUACGUUUAUUCAAUACAUUACUGAUGUUACUGACCUUCUAGCUCUGAAGUGUCUACUUAGAGAAUAUUUUCUUAUUAAAUUUCUAUGAAUCAAAGUUCAUUGUUGUGAAAAAUAUAUCAAAUGAAAAAAAUUGAUUUUUUAUUUUGGAUAGAAUAAAUAAUAAAUUUAUGAUAAAAGUAAAUUUUAAUUUUGAUAAGUGAUCACUGUGAAACAGUUAAAUACAGUUAAUUGAAAAAACGCAAAUUCGAUUACACGAAUCUCUUAAUCCGAGAGUUUUUGAUAAGUAGGUCAUUCGAUUAAAAAAUCUUGUUACUGUACAAGAAGAAAUUCAAAUUGUUCUCUUGAAAAACUAUAAGCAAACGAAAUAAUAAAUGUUAAAAUUUUGUUAAUUACAACUGAUUUGUACAGAAAAAAAUGUUACGACCAAUAUACUACUCUGGACUAUUAUUUUUUCAUAGUAGUAACGAACUUUAAAUCUUAAAUGAAGACUAAUGCUUAAAUAGAAUGAAGAUGGCGGUGGUUCGUUAUAUUAUGGUUUCAUUUUCAAAUUUAGCAUCGUAAUUCAAUGAUUCAAAUAAUUGUUUAGUCCAACCGUUGAAUUAAGAUGGUUGAAUUGUGUUUAAGAACUUUAAAAAACAGACAACCAACAGUUGGAAAAAUGUCAGUGAUAUUGUUAGUUUUCUUGGGUUUAUUUCAAAAUUUAGCUGUUGGUGUAAUUCAAAAUACACCGACGUAUCUAACGCCAUCACAAGAAGACGUAAUCUUAAGUGCGAGCUUAUAUAAUCAUGAUAGAACUUCAUUAGGAUCCAAAAAGAAAAUUCAAAAUGAAUUAGCAAGUAACUUUGAAACGAUUCAAUCAACAUCACAACUUAAAAGUUCUCAAACUCUCGAAAGUUUCAAACAGGAAAAGGUGGAUUCAAAUUUUAUAGAAACGAAUCAUGAUAGUGGAUGGGAUAAUGUUAUUACUGCAUCCAAACAUAUUGAUGACAUUGAUGGAAACAGUAUUGAAGUUAAACCAGCAGAAUAUUUAGAUAUUAAAUCUACAAAAGCAUCUGAUCUUCCGGGGGAAGGCGAGGGGGCUCCGCAAAAACAAGCUGCUAUGUCGGAGCCCCAUCAGAUAACUGGAUUAAUCCAACAGCGACAAAGUCGUCAAGAAGUUCCGAGGAUUUAUAGUAACCAUACACUUUUAGGCAUGCAAACGGCUUCUAUAAGAAGUCGUCAGGCCAAUCCUGAUAUUCAAGACAUUAUAACCGGCAUUGUUAAGCUGCUAAAUGGUAAUGUUAAUGUCGCAGCUAACACUAUUCGACCUCACAAACCUGUACAAGCUACUAGAAUCAAUAAUAGAGGACCCCCGAGGAUAUCAGAUUUACCACCAUUACCGCCAGAUCUUGAUACUCCAGGAAUGAAUCCUCCUCCACUUCUAGAUUAUCCAUAUCCAUUUGAGAAACCGCCAGCUUUGGGAAGGCCAUCAAUAAAUCAACUACCCCCUAUUCAAGAAAGACCAACACCUCCAAGGCCUUUUGUGAAUGGCAUUUCAACAUCAGAAUCUGUCGUAUCAAUGAAUAAUAGACCUUUGAAUCGACCUUUUCAACGACCGGUUAACAAUCAACGACCUACUGGAUCUUACAACCCUUUGAUACCAGAUGGUGGAUAUUAUUUUGAAAGUGAGAACAAUAAAGAUACCUUGAAACCAACAAAUAUAUCAAUCACUCAAUCAGUUAAUGAUAAAGACAUUAAAACUUCGGAAUUAGUUACUGAAGAAAUUAUUACUACACAGAAACCACCAAAAUAUCAACCACCGUUAGAUCAACAUAAAAAAGUAGCUGAUAAUACUUUGGUACUUGGCUCUGAUCUUCAACCAAUUCCAAUACCAACUCAACUGGAAAAUAAUGAAAACCCAGUUGUACCUUUAGAUAAUCAUAAAUCAUCUGAACUAAUAAAUUCAUCACAAGAAAUAUCUAUUAAAUCCGAAUCGAUAGAAUCAACUACUAUUGGUCAAUCGGGUAUUACAAGAACAACUUUAAAGAUUGAAACUAGCUCUUCAAUUCAAGUAAUUGAACCUACAAGAACAAUAAUUGAAGUUCAACCAUCAAUUGUUCCUCUUGAAAAUAAUUCUGACAAUAUAAAUUCAAUGUUUUCAAUUUCUAAUGAGACAAAAACUGUUAUUGAACCAAGUAAAGUUUCUACAAAUUCUGCUUACAAUAAUAAUUAUCAUAUUUCUACUCCAACUGAUGGUUUAUUAACAGAAGUAACAACAACAAAAAUAAUUAACAUUAUUAAAAAAACAAGUCAAAGCUCGAUGUCGACGACAUCUUUCCACAAAAAUUCAGCUACUUUGAAUCAUUAUCUAUAUCGUCCUAGACCAGGUAUAGUCCUAGAUGAUACUUUAGACUACACAAAAUCACCAGGAUUAGCAACGCAAAGACCUCAUGCGCCUCUACGACAUACGCCAACAGGUGAUAUCUUUGAUGUAACUGUUUCAGCCGUUCAAGGUGGUCCUGGUGAAAGUGUAAGAGUAUCAGUAAAUCCUACAGGCGGUACUGACGUAAUUCUUACCAGUGCUGUUGAUGGUCAAAGAUUUGUUAGUAUCGACGGCAAGAGAACCUAUUUAAACUUGUUCGAUAAUUCUGAUGAAAAUGUACCAGCUUCUAAAGUUCCAAUAAAUCCGAGUAGAACACAAAUACCACCAAUUACUGGUACAGGUUAUGCAGUACCACAAAUUGAUACUACGUCUUUAGUUACAACAAAGCCAAAUGGAUCACAAAAAAGGCCAAUUUUCUAUCGUCGACCGACUCAGCCAACUGUAAGGAUUGAUACUUGUAUUGUCGGAGACACUAGCACAUGUGAUGCAAGCCAACAUGAAGCUUGUGCUACCAUUCAAGGUAUUUCUGCUUGUCAUUGCAAACCAGGAUUUGCCAGACUUAGCGACUCGUUGCCGUGUAAAAAGAUAGUUAGUAUCGUUGUUUCCAUAAGAGUUGACAGAAUUUACGAAUGGAGCCUCGUGUGGAAUAAAGAUUUUCCUGACAAAGAAUCUGAAACUUACCAAACAAUUGCUUAUGAAUCAGAAAGAGCAAUCGCAUCCGCAAUGUCGAUGACACCCUUUUCAGAUGAAUAUAUGGGCUCAUCAAUUAAUAAUUUGUUUCAAGGUCUUGCAAGUGAAGGUCGAGGUGGAGUAUUUGUCAAUGCUACAUUAAAAUUAACAUAUGAACCGCGAACAGCGAGACCUUCACUGGCUGGAGAACUUCAGAAGCAUUUGCUUGGUGUUCUUCAUCGUAGAAAUAAUAACAUCGGCAAUAGUGCUGUCUACGUUAAUUCUUCUGUUGGAUCGAUUUCCAACUUACAAGAUUUGGAUGAAUGUGCAUCUUCAGAAUUAAAUGAUUGUAACUCAUCUGCAGUAUGUAUCAAUAAUUGGGGUGGAUUCACUUGUACUUGCAAAUUUGGUUUUAAGGAUCCCCAUAAAGAUGAUCCAAAUAAAAUUGGUAGAUCGUGUAUUUCAUGUCCAUCAACUUAUUGUAACAAUCGUGGGACUUGUUCUUAUCAAGAUAAUAUAAUGCAAUGCUCGUGUUCUGGUAAUAAUUACGGAGCACAAUGUGAAAUCGACGGAGAAGUGUUAGGAGUAUCUAUUGGUGCUACAGUUGGAGCCAUAAUAGUUAUUAUUCUCACGAUAUUUGGUCUUUUUAUGUGGAGUCGAGGAUGGUCAAGAGACCAAAAACCUAUAGGCUCUCCAGUUUAUGGAUACAUGCAAGGUGGAAUUCCAAGUACUUUACCCGGUUCACUAGCGAGAGUUGGUUCUGUGGGUACUUUAGGUUCCGUAAAACAAGGUACUCCACCUAAUUUACCACCUUAUUUAUGGAGUCAUAUAACUGAACGUAUGGCGACGGCCAAUUUAUAUGCAACGGAACCGCUGGGUCCAACACGACCUAGUUCAGCCGUAUUUGGCUAUCCAACUCUCAGUUGUCAUGGUACUCUUCCUCCAGUUCCUUUACCAAGAUUACAAGCUCCGCCAAGACCUAGACAACGAUACCAACCAGAACCUGAUAGUUCAGAUUCUGAACCACAAGAUAAAGAUAGAGCUGAUUUGAUUCCGAGUAAUGAUUUUCAUGUACCAAGACCAAAAUCUAGAUCAUCUUUGGCGAAUCAAAGUGGUAUUUACUACGAUGUCGAAUAUGAUCAAGGUGAUGCUCACCAUUUAUCAAAAAACAAUAUACCAAUGUCUACAUACAGUAUGGCAAGACCGUACUAUAGAACGUGAAUAAAUAAAUUCACAUUUUAAUUGUGAAUGACAGUUGUUGUAUCUACUAUUGAUACCAUUCUAUUCUAGCUCAAUAUUUUUUCAAAUGAAAUAAAAUUAAAACUAAUAAUAAUAUAUAGAAUAAAGUAUAUUAUGGAUUAAAUUCAACGUUUAUGUUUUAACUAUAUCUAAAUAUUUUAAUUGAAUGCAUAUUAUUUAAAUUAAGUCACAGAUAAAUAUCUUAGAAAAGAAUAAUUAUAAGAUUGAUAAAAGGUGAUGGUUUUUCUAUUAAUUAAAAAAACUUUUUUUUUUAA